AGAUGACGUCCAGUUUGCGCAUCCGCGUGGGGGAGCUGGUGGAGGAUCCCGGGACGCGGAGACCCGGGGUCCCGGCAGCGGGGCGGCCCGCGGGCCACGGUGGGGAUGCACCGCCGCGGAGUAGGAGCCGGCGCCAUCGCCAAGAAGAAGCUUGCGGAGGCCAAGUAUAAGGAGCGAGGGACUGUCUUGGCUGAGGACCAGCUGGCCCAGAUGUCAAAGCAGUUGGACAUGUUCAAGACCAACCUGGAAGAAUUUGCCAGCAAGCACAAGCAGGAGAUCCGGAAGAAUCCUGAGUUCCGGGUGCAGUUCCAGGACAUGUGUGCCACCAUUGGGGUGGAUCCUCUGGCCUCUGGAAAAGGAUUUUGGUCUGAGAUGCUAGGCGUGGGAGACUUCUAUUACGAGCUGGGUGUCCAGAUUAUCGAAGUGUGCCUGGCCCUGAAACACCGGAAUGGAGGUCUGAUAACUCUGGAGGAACUACAUCAACAGGUGUUAAAAGGAAGGGGCAAAUUCGCCCAGGAUGUCAGCCAAGACGACCUGAUCAGGGCCAUCAAGAAACUAAAGGCACUGGGCACUGGCUUCGGCAUCAUCCCUGUGGGCGGCACUUACCUCAUUCAGUCUGUUCCAGCUGAGCUUAAUAUGGAUCACACUGUGGUGCUGCAGCUGGCAGAGGAACACCUGCUGAAGGAAGGGCUGGCUUGGCUGGACCUGCAGGCCCCAGGGGAGGCCCACUACUGGCUGCCAGCUCUCUUCACUGACCUCUACUCCCAGGAGAUUACAGCUGAGGAGGCCAGAGAAGCCCUCCCCUGACUGGGAAUGCGGAAGGGGGCACAGCAGCAGGCAGGGAGAAGAGGGAGGAGCUGGUGGUGAAUAAAACCUCGACCACUUUGUUUUAAAAAAGAACCAAAAAACCAAAAAAAUUCCAAUAUUUUUCUUCCCCCAGUAUUCUUCAGCCAUUACUUUCUUUUUUUUAAAGUGCCUUCACAUUGCAUCUUUAUUGGAGAAAACCUUUUUUAUCUGCUAAGGAUAACCUGAGUAACAUAGAUAACAGUGAACAUGUAUAAAAUGACUUGCACAGGUCAUCUACAAGUUCAUGGUAGAGCUGGGCCUAGAAUGAAGGCCUUCUGUCUCCUGGCUAGACAGUCUAGUUUCUGUGGCCCUGAGACAUAAAUUAUAGCCUCUGUUAAUUCAAACCCCUUCCUCAUAAAAUGUUCCUUAUCUCAAAUGAGCAGACCCUAACGGACCAGUAAAUAGUCACCCUUUCAGUCUCUUCCAGCUUCCUUUGUAGAGGUUCCAGGUUAUGGCAGCAGACUUAGCUACGAGUAUGAAGGAAACAGAGGUCAAUGUUAAAUGGUGGUUACAGAAAAGAAAAUUUAAUUUGAGGGGAAUUACCAAUAGUGGAUGCAGUAUUUCUCAAAUUCCUUGCUACCUUUUCCUCCUAUAGUGAUCAUCAGGUCAUUCCUCUAACCUCAGGGGUGGGAAAGGGAAUCAUUUAUUGAACACCUACCAGACACCCAGUUUUAUAUACACCUUGUAUAGUCCUCACAACCUUAAAAGUUAAAUAGGUGUCCUUAACUUUGGCAGGUGAGGAAUCUAAUUGACCAGAGGCCACCACCUUAAGCAGAGCCAAAGCUAGAGCCUAGGCCCACAGGCCCCCCGGGCCCACGCUUUCCUGUAUGCAGCUUUGCGUGGCACAGGUUGGCAGGACAUUUUGUGUAUAAUUUCUUCCGACACACAUGGUCAGCGAAGAGGAAAAGCCUCUGUACCAGAAAGCAAGAGCCUUCUAUAGCAAGUAGAGAAGGUGAUGAGCUGGGAGGCCAGCAUUAAGCCCCGUCUUCAUGGUCUGAAUUCUGAAUUCCUAAGAAGGGGUCGUUUGGUAUCAGAAAACUGAAAACCCAAUGGUUUGGACUAUCCAUACUAAGACGCCUUUCCCUUAGCAAGGGGAUAUAUAGCCUGAACCCAUCUCUACCUCUGCCUGUCCUUGAGGACAAGCUCACUUCCUGAACAGGUAUUUCUUUCAAAGCAGCCGAGGCUAAGAUGGCAUUCCUCUCCUG